AUGCGAAUGUUUUGCGUCGUCUGGAGAGUCCGCGAGCAACAGGCUCCAACGGCGGUUUACCUUCGAUGGGGUGGCUGGCGCCACAUCUCCUCAUUCGUACGGGAGCGACUUAUGUGUUGCCCUCCUGAGGAAAUAACUGGAAGGGAGAAGCGGAGCGGCUCAACCCAAUACUGGAAAGUUCACACAGGAAGCCGUUGGAGCGCAAGCACGUAUGGUGGUAUCACCACCUGA